GACUUAUUGCUCAAAGUAAAGCCUAGUUUUCAAUGGUAAAUGCAAGGGCUUUCUCAGUAUGAGGACUCCAUUGAUAUGGACUGCUUGUCUGAAGCAUUUAGAAGGGCGCAAAUGGCAAAUCGUCUUUUCCCCACUGUGGCUGAUUUUUCAAGCGAUAUACCGAAAAGGGAGGUUUUAGACCGCUAUUUACCCUAUAUUCAAGCCCAGAUACGCUCUCGUGAAGCCUGUGUGGAGGUUUCGCCAACUUUUAUAAUGUGUGAUGAGAUUCAAUCUGAUCGUGUUUUGUCCUACAGCGGUGAUGUUGUAGCGAUUGCAUUUCCACUCACGCAAUAUAUUAUAGCUCAUCGUUUCGAGGAAUAAAUGCGGAUUGUCGUUCGCUCUCUUUUUUUUGUUCGUGAAGGGUUGAUGGUACUAUCGCAGUGUUUUUAAGCGCUUGCGGCUAAAGCGAUUUUGCCCCGUUUUUUCUCUAUAUAUUUAUA